AUGCAGGUGUCGGACGAGGACGAGCCGGUCGUCGGCUCGCCGUCCGGAAAAGGUCGUGAAUCUGCCGAUGCCCUGCUGGCGGACCACCUCGGCGUUGCUGCCUGGGAGCCGUAUCUGCCCGAGCUGCUUGAUGGCGACGAGGCGCACGAGGCGCUGCUGCUCAUUGCUCUGACUCCGCAGUGGUGUUCGGCCCUGCCGUCGCUCCCGCCGCUUCUGGACGCGCUGCCGCGCCCCCGAUCCCUCCAUCUGGCUGCCUACGACCUGCUCGUUCGACUAUCCGCUAGCCGCGCCGGUGGAGACAAGGCCGCCGAGCUGCGGCACGAUCUUGACUCGCUUCUCUCGCUGUUGCGGUCCGCAAUGCUGCUGGACAAGGCGUGCUCGCCGUACUCGGCGCUCGCGGUGCUGGCUGCGGUCUACGCCGCCGCGUCAUCCCAGGCUAGAGCCGGACGCGAUGCAGAUGCUCUGGAGAUACUCGACAGCUGGGCAGCAUUGCGCAUUGCGGCGCUACGUGCUGUGCCAGAUCCGAACCAGGCAAGUCUCGAGUGGACUGUCGCUGUCGUUCUCGAGCGUGCUGGACUUGGGGCAUGGACCGGCCACUGUGAGCUCCAUACCGACGAUGCCGCGCUUGUGCUUGCUGCGCAGGCGCUUGCGCUGCUCGGUCACCUACGCCGUGACACGGCACUCCUCGCUGCACUCCAUAGCAACGUCUCCUCGUUGAGUGCGUCGGUGGAUGCGCUGCAGCCGGUCGCCGCCCGCGUCGCCGCGAUGGCGCGCCAGCGGCCGACGGCUGGUGUGCUCAUCACCCCGCAGGCCUGGCUCGCCGAAGGUCGCGCUGCGCUCGCUCGCCAUGAGUGGGACGCUGCGCUCGGUGCGUACCUUCGUGCCGUCGACAGCCCUGGCACCGAUGCGCAGGCGAUGGUCGAGGCCUACGCCAACGCGUCGGCAGCCGCGCUGAGGGUCGAUAGGCCGCACACCGCGCUCCAUGCAGCCCAGCGCGCACUGAGCAUGCUUGAGGCUGCAGAUUGCCACAACUCUAUUCUCCUUGCUCCAGUGCUUGUCCACAACAUCCUUUGUAUCCUCGCCCGCCUCCCGCGCACUUUGCGUAAGGCCACGCUCCUGGCGCCCGCACUUCAGACUCUCGCUGCUGCAGCGCAAAAGGCCGCGGCUGCUGAUCCGGCUCUUGCCCAUGUGGUCGGUUUCUACGCAGCACUCGCGGUCGAGGCCCGUGCUCUCGCUUCGCCCAGUGGCGCCGCCGACGCCAACAGCGAUGGCGGCGGUCACUUGGGCAGCGAGUGGCGCACGAAUGCGCUCGUCAUCCGCCCGUUGAGCGAGGCAUGGCUCCCUCGACGCGCGCCCCGUUCUGCUCCUGCCCAAAUGGCGGAAGCGUGGGCGCGAGGCGAUGCGCGAUCCACGGUUGCCGCGGCGCUGCAAGUGCUGCAGGAAGCGCCGGCGCCCGGGCGGGGACCGCGGCCGGAUGCCCCCAUCGCUGCCGCCACCAACUGGGCCGCCGCCCUUGCUCACAAUCACCUCGGCCUCGUGGCUUGGGGAGGGGGCGAAGUGUCGCUUGCUCGGCGGCAUUUCACGCUCGCACGACGUGCGGCUCCAUGGCAUCUGCCAUCGCUGUACAACGCCACCGCCGUCGCAGCCGGUAGUCUCGAACCGAGCCUGGCGGCGAGCUGGCGGCGGAUGGCCGAGACCAACGUACCCCGCGAGGGUAUACCUGGCGUCGACAUUCUCGCGGAGAGGGUGGCAGGUCUUGACCAUGCUGAGAGUACCGUGGCUCCGGCAGAUCCGCUUCCGCCGGCGCCAAUGCGGCGUUUGCGUUCACCGGUAGUGGUGAGAUCGUCGCCGACUCCCCCGCCAACGCCAGCGGCGCCAACUCCGCCGCCGCGCCUUCCGCUCUCGCCGCGCAUUCUGCCGUCCCCGCGCACAACAGCCGUCGAGAUUGCAAGCACCGCUGCACGGAUCAGCUCACAGCUGGAGCUCGCCGAGGAGCGCGACCUGCUAAGCUCGCCGCUGCCGCCGACGCCGUCGCCGCUCCGGGCUAGGGCGCGGUCGCGGGCAACACCUGCUCCGACAACAACAGCUCCGCGGCGGAGCCACUCGGAGCUCUUUGCCGACCUUUCGCCGUCAGUCUUCACCUCGCCGCCGCCCAUCGUCAUCAACCUCGAUCCCGAGUCUGACGUCGAUCCGCCAGCGCCUCUCGCGCCGGCCGGAGCCACCGCCUCGGACUCAGACUCGGACGACGCGCCGCUCACCCGACUUUGUCGGCAGCUGUAG